CAGAGGAACCUGAUGGAUUCUGUAAAGUUCUCCUGUUCCAUCUGUUUGGAUCUCCUGAAGGAUCCGGCGACCAUUCCCUGUGGACACAGCUACUGUCUGAGAUGUAUCCAAACCUUCUGGGAUGGAGAGGAUCAGAGGAGAGUCUGCAGCUGCCCUCAGUGCAGGAAGGACUUCAUACCGAGGCCUGUCCUGGUGAGGAACAUCACGUUAGCAGAGCUGGUGGAGGAGCUGAAGAAGACUGGACUCCAGGUUGCUCCAGCUGAUCACCGCUAUGCUGGACUUGAAGACGUGUCCUGUGACGUCUGCUCUGAGAGGAAACUGAAAGCUGCCAAGUCCUGUCUGGUCUGUUUGGUCUCUUUCUGUGAGAAACAUCUCCAACCUCACUACACUGUUCAUCAGUUUAAGAAACACCAGCUGGUGGAACCCUCCAAGAAGCUCCAGGAGAACAUCUGCCCUCGUCAUGAUGAGAUGAUGAAGGUCUUAGUGAAUGAAGCCAAAGCAGCCUUGGCUGCAGCAGAAAGAGCUGAGAAGCAGAAGGAGCUCGAGGCGAGUCGACAACAAAUCCAGCAGAGAAUCCAGGACCAAGAGAAAGAUGUGAAGCUGCUCCAGGAGGAGGUGGAGGCCAUCAAUGUCUCUGCUGAUCAAACAGUGGAGGACAGUGAGGAGAUCUUCACUCAGCUGAUCCGUCUCGUCCAGAAGAGAAGCUCUGAUGUGAAGCAGCAGAUCAGAUCCCAGCAGGAAACUGAAGUGAGUCGAGUCUUGGAGCUUCAGGAGAAGCUGGAGCAGGAGAUCACUGAGCUGAAGAGGAAAGACGCCGAGCUGGAGCAGCUCUCACACACAGAGGACCACAACCAGUUUCUCCACAACUACCAGUCAGUGUCAGCACUGGGUGAGUCUCCACACUCAUCCAGCAUCGAGGUUCAUCCUCGGAGAUACUUUGAGGACGUCACAGCAGCUGUGGAGGAGCUCAGAGACAAACUCCAGGACGUCCUGAGGGACACGUGGACAAACAUCUUACUAGAUGUUUUAUCUUCGGAACCAAGAACCAGGAAGGAACUCCUCAAAUAUUCAAAGGAACUCACUUUAGAUUCAAACACCGCCUUCGCUCAUCUGCUGUUGUCUGAGGGCAGCAGGAAGGCGACGCUCAUGAAAAAACAGCAGUCGUACUCCGAACAUCUGGAAAGGUUCACGUUUUAUGACCAGGUUCUGAGCAGGGAGGGUCUGACUGGACGCUGUUACUGGGAGGUGGAGUGGAGCGGGGAGGCCGUCCAAGUUGCCGUUUCCUACAAGGACAUCGGCCGAGUCGGGACGUCGGACAGAUGUGCGUUUGGGUUCAAUGACAGAUCGUGGGCGUUGUGUUGUAACGCCAACAACUGCACGUUCUCCUUCAACAAAGUGAAGACCCCAGCGUCUGGUCCUGGCUCCUCCAGGGUCGGGGUGUACCUGGACCACAGGGCAGGUGUUCUGUCCUUCUACAGCGUCUCUGGAACCAUGACUCUCCUCCACAGAGUCCAGACCACGUUCACUCGGCCGCUCCACGCCGGACUUCGGCUGUUUGAUGAAGGAGACUCGGCUGAGCUCAGGAAAGUUGAAUAA